AUGACCAACCCACAAGACAAUCCUGGAACUCCUCCACAACCUACUCCCUCUGAUUCAUCUACCCCUCCUCCACCCAGUGCAUCUCCCAAACCAAGGCUGAGAAGGGUGAAAAUGCUUGCUCGGAAAACAGUAGUAAAAGGUAGAAGAGAGUGGCCAAAAGUCAGGGGAAGUGGUUCUGGUGAAGCUGCUAAAGGGUUAGUUCAUCUAACCACACAAAGAGAUGAACCUGGUUCAUCUACUGAAAAAACCCUAGCAGACCUACUGAAAAAGGUUGGUUCAAGCUACGAUCCAAGGAAACGAAGAACUCCCACACCAAAAGCCCCUAGUGUCCCUAAACCCUCCACAAAAAGAAAGCAUUCAUCCCCAACAACUACUGAAAUUGCAUUUCCAAAGGGAAGAGCUACAAGAAGCAGGGUGAAGCAGAGUGAGAGUGAUCUUCAAAAGGCUCUAGCUGAGAGUAAAAAGAAAAGGGUGGCUAAAGGAAAAGGGAAUGUUGCAGAGUCCUCAGAGGCUAUGGAGGUUGAGGAGAUGGAACAGGUCCAUCAUGAGGAAGUUCAAAUAGUGGAGGUUAAGACCCCCAAGCCUAAAAAGCCCAAGACUUCUUCUAAGAAGUCUUCCUCUAUGUCUAAGGCUGCUGAACAUUCAUUAGCCAAAAUGACAAGGUCUGUAGUGAAAAUUAAACAAGUGAAAAUUUCUAAAGAUGAGGAAUGGAGUGGAUAA